AUGUCCGCAUUUUCCUCCCACUCUAGUACUCCUCUAGGGCCCGCGGCCACCCCAAGCUCGUGGGCUUCAGGGAAUUCCAACGAAAGUUCUCUUGCACUGGGCGACUUUUUUCUCCUCGCGCGCUCACUAACAACUUUCUCUGUUAAGUGCAAGAGGAGGGAGGCGGCCAAACUUUCCGCUCAGCAGAAAGGCAGCGGCGGGCCGUGCUGCCGCCCCGGCCUGCUCUUCGGUGCUAAUCCCUUCAGAGGCCGCAUUUUAGAUAUCCCCUGUAAAGUGUGUGGAGACCGCAGCUCUGGGAAACACUACGGGGUCUACGCCUGCGACGGCUGUUCCGGGUUUUUCAAACGGAGUAUCCGAAGGAAUCGGACCUAUGUCUGCAAAUCUGGAAACCAGGGAGGCUGCCCCGUGGAUAAGACGCACAGAAACCAGUGCAGGGCGUGUCGGCUGAAGAAGUGUUUGGAAGUCAACAUGAACAAAGAUGCGGUACAGCACGAACGGGGGCCUCGGACAUCCACCAUCCGCAAGCAGGUAGCCCUCUACUUCCGCGGGCACAAGGAGGAGAACGGGGCGGCCGCGCACUUCCCCUCGGCCGCGCUGCCAGCACCGGCCUUCUUCACUGCCGUCACGCAACUGGAGCCGCACGGCCUGGAGCUGGCCGCAGUGUCCACCACCCCUGAGCGACAGACCCUCGUGAGUCUGGCUCAGCCCACGCCCAAGUACCCCCAUGAAGUGAAUGGAACUCCGAUGUAUCUCUAUGAGGUGGCCACGGAGUCUGUGUGUGAGUCAGCUGCCAGGCUUCUGUUUAUGAGUAUCAAGUGGGCCAAAAGUGUGCCAGCUUUCUCAACGCUGUCUUUGCAAGAUCAGCUGAUGCUUUUGGAAGACGCUUGGAGAGAACUGUUUGUUCUAGGAAUAGCACAAUGGGCCAUUCCGGUUGAUGCUAACACUCUACUGGCUGUAUCUGGCAUGAAUGGUGACAACACAGAUUCCCAGAAGCUGAACAAGAUCAUAUCUGAAAUACAGGCUUUACAAGAGGUGGUGGCUCGGUUUAGACAACUCCGCUUAGAUGCUACUGAAUUUGCCUGUCUAAAAUGCAUCGUCACUUUCAAAGCUGUUCCUACACACAGUGGUUCUGAACUAAGAAGUUUCCGGAAUGCGGCUGCCAUCGCAGCUCUUCAAGAUGAGGCUCAGCUAACUCUCAACAGCUACAUCCAUACCAGAUAUCCCACUCAACCCUGUCGCUUUGGAAAACUCCUGUUGCUUCUGCCAGCUUUACGUUCUAUUAGCCCAUCAACCAUAGAAGAAGUGUUUUUCAAAAAAACCAUUGGCAACGUACCCAUUACAAGACUGCUCUCAGAUAUGUACAAAUCCAGUGAUAUCUAAGCUCUGAAAGUAUCCGCUUUUCAGGAUGGGACAGUAUCAGAUGAACUUCUACCCAUGGAGAACAAGCCUCAACUAACAAAUCCUUCAGGAAACAUAAGUCUGGGAAUGUGUAGCCUUCAGGAAAAAGAAAAUUUCCAACUGACACGAAACAAGUCCAGUAGCUCUGUCUUGCUGCUUCCACCAGGGUAGGGUGGCCCAGAAGGAAAGGGAGCCAAAGGGGACCACCUAAGCAGAGACCUCAUGGCUGCCAUGCCCUGGAAGUGGGGCGGAGUUGGGGUUACCACGGUCUGUGUCAUUCUGCCUCUUACCUGGAAGACUGGGCUGAACUACCCAAAGCUGAAACACAAGUAGUGCUUUCUUUUCCUUCUUGGCAUAUAAAGUUAGGGAACCAAACAUUGCUGUGUGUAACGUAGUACAGCAGCCUUCAGAACGAUCAUGUUGGAGCAUUUAUUUUAAAAAUAAUGGCUAGGUUUUAAAUCAUUUUAUCGAAAGUUUCCCUUCUAUUGUAAUACAUCAUUAAGUGGCCUUCAGAACUGAGUUAGUAAGUGAAAAGUAGCUUAUGCUAUGUGAUUUGCUUUUUCUCUGCCUUCCUUUUUCUUUUGUUUCUCUUUCAUUCUUUCUUCUUCUUCUUCUUUUUUAAUACCAUAGGCCAGGCAACCUUGUCAAAGGAACUGGUGGGUGAAAAUGAGAUUUUCACCAGGACUUCAAGUUGGAUAACAUCUCAAAAAAUAGAAGAGCUUUACUAAAAGAACACAGUCGAGGGAGGAUGAAUAAAAACAGCAAAACCAAAUAGAGUGGAGAUGAGUGGCUAAGCGAGGCAGAUUGCUGUCCCGUUAGCAUAGUGCUGAAACCAAAGGCAGUGGGGGUCCAAACUCGUGGUUCGGUGAGUCACACCAGACAUGGAAAGAACACAGACAUAAUGCCAGAAGGGACUUUAAGGAGAUGAACACGCAAAGGUUUCUUGAUUGGUCUAUUGCAAACAGUCUGAGACUCUUGAAUGCCUUUCAGAAAACUCUGGUGUCUAGUAAAGCCUUGGUCACAUGCACAUGCGUGUACACACACACACACACACACAGACACACACAGACAAACUGUCCUACACUGUAAGCUGCUCCUUUGGUAUGAAUCUAUACUGAUGGAAAUGUAGAAACAAACAUUUAAAACUAGCUGCUGUACUUUUCACAUUUUGAAAUAUUAGGUACUAGCACUGAGGAAAAAAAAAAUCAGCACUUGGACUAUCAUAGGAGGAAUAAAAAUUUUCUUGUACAAAGUGGAUUAACUGAUUUGUGAAGUUAAAAAGUUGUACUCAUUGUAUUUACAAAGAAUAAAAAUAUAUUGAA